AUGGAUGUCAGUAAAAAACUGGCCAGUUUAGAAGGAGAAGAAUUCGCUACAGAGAUACCUGCUAUCCUCCGGACAGCGCGUGAUACAGACUCUGGUAAAGAUUGCGACGAUUCAGAAAACGAUUUUAUCAGAGCUAUUAGGUUACGUGCGGCGGAUGCACCAGUCAUAUCUUGUCUCUCAUCAAUUCUCACGUCUCCGAUCGAGGACGGCGAUUUCACUUCACUCGAGAUGCACCGGCUUCUUUUGCAUUCCAUCAUAUCAAAGCUUUCUCUUGAGCAAUUGCAACCUUAUCGACCCGCCAUAAAGACUUUGAUGGCAUUCGAUAUAUCUUCUUUCAAGGCUAGGUCUGGUCACUACGCGAAAAGUAUGCAUCUCAUUAAUAAUGCGAGACUACUGGACCGAUUCAUAGAGAACCCGGAAGACGUCUGGGUCCCCGAGGACAAAUUCGAUUACAUCUCAUACCGUACCUUGUGGGAGCGGGUACACACGGCGGAACAGAUGCGUCCAUACAUGCGCGAUCUGUUCAACUGGCAAGUAGACCCGUGUCAUCCGCCUUUCAAUCCCUGCCGUAGACAACUGGCACGGUUUCCCGAGGUUGCUGCUGAGGUUGCUGCUGAGGUUAUGUGUAUGGCUGUUGAUGAUACCGAGCACCAACACUACUUGAUCGAUUUUGUAUCCGAAUGUGUGCCUGUUGGCAAGGCCUGGUAUCCGAUGCGUCCUCCCGUGGAACAGAUGGUACAAACCCUCGAAUGUAAAACAAAGGAGCAGCUUGAACAUGACGGCGAAGGCGAUUAUCUUGACGAAGCAAAGACGUGGUUAAAGGUUCUUGAGAAUUGGGAGAGAAAUAGUUAA